GACCCUUCUGCCCUGCUCGUCUCCCUCACUCUUUCUCUCUCUCUCUCUCCCCCUCUCUCUCUCUCUGGCGAAGUAUCCGGCAGGAAGUGCGUCCAUCUCCUCCUUCUCCUCCCGGGCAGACCCGUGUUGCUGCUCAGCAGACAUGACACCUGUCCUGCAGCUCCGUUCAGUCAUCCUGCUGACGGCGCUGCUUCACACCGCGGCGCCGCUCAACUUCAACCACACAAUUUUUGCAGUGACGGUGACCUCCAGGGUCACCGCGGGCCAACAGGAGAACCUCUGUGCCCAAGUCCAUGGACCGACCGAGCCCGUCAAACUGUUGGUCUCCCUGGAAAUGUCCUCCAGCAGCACAGUGAUCCUGGAGGAGUCGGUCAAAGAGGACUUCUAUCGCUGCGUCAACUUCCAGGUCCCUGUUGUGAGCAGCAGAACCGUGGCGAGCGUCAACGUCACAGUUCAGGGUGCGACUGAGUCCAUGAACAAGAAGAGCAAAAUUGUCAUCUUGCCUCCAGAUUUUAUUCACAUCGUCCAGACUGAUAAACCCAUCUAUAAGCCUGGACAGACUGUUCAGUUCCGAAUCGUUUCCAUGGACAUUGGUUUCAUCCCAGUCGAUCGAGUGUACAAAAUGGUGGAGAUUCAGGACCCCGCUGACAAUCGAAUCGCCCAGUGGCUGGACAAACCAAUCGGUAGCGGCAUCCUGGAUCUCUCCCAUCCCAUGAUUCCAGAGGCUGCAGAGGGGCAGUACAGGAUCACCGCCACCACGGACCGAGGAGAGGAGAUAACUCACACCUUUGAGAUCAAAGAAUACGUUUUGCCAAAGUAUGAGGUUAAAGUAUAUCUGCCAAACGUUGUCAGCAUCCUGGAGCCAGAGGCAACGGUCAAAAUUUGUGCAAAAUACACCUAUGGGAAGCCAGUUCUUGGUUCAGUCAAGAGUGAAUUUUGCAAACUACCUUUGCCAUGGUAUUUUUACAGAGCACAAUUUUAUGCCUGCAAAACCUAUAUUUUUGAUCUGGAAAAAGAUGGCUGUGCCUCACACCUUCUACACUUCUCUGAAUUUUCUCUUUCAAAUCGCUUUUCAAACAACUUUGAAGUCAGUGCUGAAAUAUCAGAGGAUGGUACAGGGGUCACACUGAAAGGCAGUGCAACCACCAGCGUUACCCAUAUACUCCGAACUGCUAGCUUCGAGGACUUAGUUGCUACAUACAAACCUGGCAUUCCCUUCGAAGGAAAGAUCAAAGUUGUCGGUCUAGACGGUCAACCUGUUGCUAAGGAGGAGGUGGAACUUUCGUCCCCCCAAUCGAAAGACAAGCUUAUCACAGACGCAAAGGGCUUCGCUUCAUUUUCGUUGAACACCUCUCUUUGGAAUGGGCACAUUCAGCUAAAGGCCGCGUUUACCUACCAAGUGGAAAAUCAAUCUGAACACAGCCCAGAGUACAGGCACGCUUUGACUUACAUCCUUCCAUUUUACUCCAAGAGCAGCAGCUUUGUGAAACUCGUGCAGAUCAAAGAGGAGCUUUCUUGUGGCCAAGAUGCAACCCUGCAUGUUCAGUACAUCAUCAAGGGGGAGGAGCUUAAGGCCGGGCAGGAAGUCCUGGACUUCUUUUACCUGGUCAUGUCCAAAGGUCAAACCGUGCAGCAUGGACGUCUCCCAGUGGCUGUGGGAAGUGCCAACAAAGGGGAGUUCACCAUACAACUGAAGGAGGUGACGAAGCUGGCUCCGUUUGCCCAGGUGGUAGUUUAUACUGUGAUGCCCAGUGGAGAGGCUGUGGCUGACAGUCAGGAUUACCCUGUUGGACUGUGUCUUAACAACAAGGUGUCUUUGAAGUUCUCUUCUGCCCAAAGUCUUCCGGCAGAGAAGACCACACUCAGUCUCCAGGCGCAGCCCGGCUCCAUGUGUUCCGUGAGGGCCAUCGACCAGAGCGUCCUCCUGUUGAAGGCUGAGCAGGAGCUCUCGGUCCAACAUGUGUACAGUUUGCUGCCUGUACAGAGGGUGACGGGAUACCAACAUGACACUGAAGACUAUGAGCCAGCCCCCUGCUUCAGCUUUCCAGUCCAGAUGGCUCCUCGCCGAGCAACUCGCUCAGUCUAUUUUGAACAGCCGAACGAGAAGGACGACGUUUACAGCGUGUUUGAGAAAGUUGGAGUCAAAAUUGUGACGAACUCUGAUGUGAAAAAACCUAUCGAGUGCCAUGAUCUAUAUGUGGAUGCAGAUGAGGACUCAGACGGUCCUAUAGCUAUGGCCUACGACAUGAUGCCAGAAACUAAUGUGAUGAAUGCAGUGAUACCCAUAAGGAAGAAGAAAGAAACUGUCAGAACAUUCUUCCCUGAGACCUGGAUCUGGGACCUCAUACCUGUGGGUGACAGUGGGGCCGUGAACGUGGAGAAGACGGUCCCUGACACCAUCACAAAGUGGGCAGCUGGGGCUUUCUGUGUCUCCUCUGUUGGCCUGGGCAUUUCACCCAACACUGGACUGACUGCCUUCCAGCCUUUCUUCGUCAGUCUGACUUUACCCUACUCCGUCAUCAGAGGGGAAGUCUUCACGCUCAAAGCCACCGUCUUCAACUACCUCUCUCAAUGCAUCAUGGUUAAUGUAAGACUGGCUGAUUCCAGCCAGUUCACCUCCAGGAACUGCGACGGCUGCCAGUACACCGUGUGUCUGUGCGAUCAGGAGAGCAAAACCUUCUCCUGGAUUGUUACUCCAACUGAUUUGGGUGAGGUGAAAGUGAAGGUCAGUGCCGAGGCCAUGAAGACUAAUGAACUGUGUGGCAACGAGGUGGUCACUGUCCCAGAAGUGGGCCAAAUCGACACAGUGGUCCGCCCCCUGCUGGUGGAGGCUGAAGGAACGCCAGUGAUGGUCAGUCACAACGCUCUCCUCUGCCCCCAAGAGGGACCAGCAGAGAAACACAUCUCCCUCCAGUUACCUGAGGUGUUCGUGGCUGGAUCGGCCAGAGCCUCAGUCUCCGUACUGGGUGAUCUUAUGGGCCGGGCCAUGAAGAACCUGGACAAGCUGCUGGCCAUGCCGUACGGCUGUGGGGAGCAGAACAUGGUUCUGUUUGCCCCCAACAUCUUCAUCCUGAACUACCUUAAAAGCACCGGUCAGCUGACCCAGCAGAUCCAGGACAAAGCCACUCGAUUCCUGGAGAGCGGUAGGUCCACGAGUGUACUGUAUAUCCCACAAUUCCACUGUUCUUUCACUUAUCAUUGGCUGACCGCUUUUGUGAUGAAGUCCUUUGGUGGAGCCAGACCGUACAUCUUUAUAGAUCCACGUCACAUUGCCGAAGCCAGGAGUUGGUUGUCAAUGCACCAGGAUCCUGACGGCUGCAUCCACUCCGUUGGAAGGCUCUUACACAAUGGCAUGAAGGGUGGAGUGAGCGAUGACGUGUCACUUACUGCUUACAUCAUCGCCGCCAUGCUCGAACUGAAUGACAGCAUAACGGAUCCUGUUGUGGGGAGGGGUUUAAUGUGUCUGAAAGCAGCAGCGAACAAACAAAUGGACAACCUGUACACUACCGCCCUGCUGUCCUACACCUUCACUCUGGCUGGAGACGAGGAGAUGAGGAGCAAGCUCAUCACAUACCUGAACCAGGCGUCUAAAUUUGAGAAUGGCCUCCGUCACUUAGUCAGAAAAGGAGCAUCAGAGAAGGGGUUGGACUCCCUGGAGGUGGAGAUGACCUCCUACAUGCUGUUGGCGCUCCACUCUGGUCCUGCUCUGUCCAACUUUGGCUUGGACUACUCCUCCAGCAUCGUCCGCUGGCUGGCUCAGCAGCAGAACCCAUACGGUGGCUUCUCCUCAACACAAGACACUGUGGUGGCACUGCAAGCUCUGGCCAAAUAUGGAGCAUCCACCUACAGUGAGGGAGGCCAAACCACAGUGACGGUGACAUCUGCAGGAGGCCUGAACAAAGAGUUCUUGGUAGAUCAGAGCAACAGGCUCCUCUACCAGUCGGAGAAGCUGAGUGAGACUCCAGGAGAAUACACUGUCAGGGCCGAGGGUCAGAGCUGUGUGAUGGCACAGAUCUCCAUGCAUUACAACAUCCCUCCUCCUCCAGACUUCUCUGCCUUCAACAUCUCCAGCAGCGUCAUGGCCAAGUGUAAGACCAACAGACCUCAGAUCAUCCUCUUCGUUGCAGUCAGGUACCAGGGCAGUAGAGACGAAACCAACAUGGUGAUCAUCAACAUCAAGUUGUUGUCUGGUUACAUCCUGGAGAAGAGCUCCCUGGGUCUGAUGCGAAACGAUCGCUCGAUAAAACGUGUGGAUGUGGAGGAAGGAUACAUCAACAUCUACUUAGACGGGCUGAAGAAGAACCAGAAUAUGAUCCACAGUGUGACAUUAGAGGAGAACAUACCUGUGAGGAACCUGAAACCUGCUGUGGUCAAGAUCUAUGAUUAUUACCAGACAAGUGACGAAGCAACGACUGAAUACAACUCCCCCUGUGCAGAGAAUGACAAUGUUAAUCAGCUGUGAGCAAAUCUGGAAGAGGAAAAGAAACUGAGAUUUUUCCACUGUUUUUAAUGUUUGUUUUUUUUAAUUGUGUUUUUGAGCAUUUUUAUAGAAAUUAUUUCCCAAAAGCUAAUUUUAGAGUUGAUGUUUCCCUUUUAACCUCCUGGUCCAGUAGGUUUAUGACAGUGGGUUUGUUUUUCUCUAACACUGGAAGUGAGUAAAAUUAAAAUAAAAAACCUGAACAUAUGACACUGUAAUAGCGUUGUAUUUCAUAGAUUUGACAAAAAAUCCUUUUAAUUCAUACCUAAAAAGUGACACAUAAGAAGUACAGGGUACCGAUAACAGUAUGGUCCGAGUAGAUGUUUGUGUUCAUGAAACAGAAAUACACGUCAGGUGAGUACAAGCUGAGUAAUUCUGUACCAGUAACAAAAAAAAACAAAAAACAAAAACAUAGAUGGAUACAACACUACCAUAAAAUUUUAAAAUGUAACUGACAAUAAAAUACUCUCAAAAA